AUGGCUUCCUCGUAUGCCUUGCCCACCUCCUCCAUUCCUCAGUAUCACCUUCAUUCCUCCGACCAUGGCUUCACGCAUUCCCAUUCGGCCUCGAACCCACCAUCCGAACCACACGCGCAUUCACACUCGCCGUCACUGGCCUCUCUCGGUUCCUCCCGAAGCCGUCGGGCCUCUCGACCUAAUGGCCAUGCCCGGAGCCAAACCCACGAACACAACCAAUCUCACCUCCGGGCAAAUCCCACUUUUUCUAUGCAGUCGCACCCGAGCCUUCCUCCCCAACUAGCACCUAGCAACCACUGGAGGACAGAAUCGACGCCCGGGGGGAAACCUCUAGUUACGCCGACAGAUGCCACCUUCGACCUUGCCCACAGAUACGAGCCGCCAACGCUCACAGACUCCCAUGAUCAUUCACACGACCAUUCCCACGGCCAUUCCCACGAUCAUUCGCACGACCACUCGCAUGACCAUUCGCACGACCAUCCGCACGAUCAUUCACACGAUCAUGCGCAUGGCCAUUCGCACGAUCACCAUAGCCACUCAUCUGAGCGGUCGAAGGUGACAGCUCUGCUGUUUCCCUAUACCUCGAAAUGGCCGUUAGUCCAUGCGAUUAUGACCGAGAAGGAUUCCCGUCGGAUAUUCUACUUCAUGAUGCUCAAUCUUUGUUUUAUGAUGGUGCAGGCUUGUUACGGAUAUCUGACCGACUCUUUAGGUCUGCUAAGCGACAGUAUACACAUGUUCUUCGACUGUGUGGCCUUGGCGGUUGGGCUCUUUGCGGCUGUUGCUAGCAAGUGGCCUCCGAGCGAGAGGUUUCCGUACGGGUUUGGCAAGAUCGAAACGCUGAGCGGCUUCGGCAACGGGGUGUUCUUGAUCCUCAUCAGUGUCGAAAUCAUGUUCGAGGCAGUCGAGAGAAUAAUCGAGGGCCGGGAGACUAAGAGGCUCGGUGAGCUGUUUGUGGUCAGCACGCUCGGAUUGUUGGUGAACUUGGUUGGGAUGGCGGCGUUUGGUCACCAUCAUCAUGGUCAUGACCACAGCCACGGCCACGCCCAUGGCCACUCGUUAGACCAUUCCCACAUUAACGCCCACGACCAUGACCACGACCACCAUGACGAGAAGCAUGCGCAUGGACGUGGCCACGGAGCGCAUUCGCAUGACAACGAAAAUAUGCAUGGCAUCUAUCUCCAUGUCUUGGCCGACACACUGGGGAGCGCUGCUGUGAUUGUGUCGACGAUUCUGACGCACUUCUGGAAGUGGGCUGGUUGGGAUCCGCUCGCGUCAUUUCUGAUCGCUGUCUUGAUUCUUCUUUCAGCGUUGCCGCUUGUCAAGUCUUGUGCUCGGCGACUGCUGCUGACGAUCCCACCCGAGAUCGAAUACAACUUGCGCGAAACGCUGUCGGGGAUAUCUGGGAUCCGGGGGGUGGCCGGCUACUCGGUUCCCAAGUUUUGGAUGGACGACCGCAACUCUGGGGAGGCGAAUAAGCUCCUUGGGGUGAUGCACGUCGUUGCUGUCCGGGGUGCAGAUAUGGAAGACGUGCGCAGCCGGGUACACAAGUACCUAUUUGAACACGAUAUCGAUAUCACGUUGCAGGUUGAGCGGGAGGGCGACACCAGCUGCUGGUGUGGUGUCGGACGCAGCCCUCUCUCCGUUUCGCACAGGCCAACGAAAAGUAUGGGCAUCUUCUAG